AUUUUCAUGUAAUCACUCAGCGAGAGAACGCAUAAAUUCCACAUGGCCGGCAUAAAUUCUGGUUUUCAAAAUCUGCCCCAUUAAUAUCAUUUAUCUUCCAUCCCUGGAUCUCAAUACACAAAGGACCCGGAUAAGACUCAUUUUCUCUUGAUUAUGUACAGUUCUCUUCGACUCUGCUCACUGCAAUUGAUUCAGACCCUGAUUUCAAUUUCCAAAUCAAAUUACUAAGGAAUUAUAACCGGGUUAAAUGAGUGGAAGUUCUGCCUCGGGUGGUUUACGGGCGGCUUUUUCCUAUUGCGUCCAGCAGGUGCGGAAUUAUGACUACCACCAUUACUUGUGCCUUCUUGAACUUCCUCCAAACAUGAGAAAGGCUGCAUUUGCCCUCCGUGCAUUGAAUGUUGAAACAGCUAGGGCUAUGGAUGUUGCUUCUGAUCCAAAAAUCGGGCUUAUGCGCCUAUUAUGGUGGCAAGAAGUUAUAGACAAGAUAUUUUCAAACAAGUUGAUAGAGCACCCAACUGCUCAGGCCCUUGCAGCUGUGAUAUCAGAGCACAGGGUUAGCAAGAGCUGGUUGAAGCGGUCUGUUGAAGCUCGUAUAAAUGAUGCCCAGAGGGAGGUUACUGACAUCUGGAAAACUGUAGAAGAAUUGGAAAAAUAUUCCGAGGACACCAUAUCAACUUUAUUGUACUCCACCCUUCAGGCAGGGGGUAUUACAUCCACAGCAGCAGACCAUGCAGCAUCACAUAUUGGCAAGGCAAGUGGACUUCUGUUGUUACUGAAGUCACUGCCAUACCAUGCAAGUCGAAGCAACCAAUUUUCUUAUAUACCUGCUGAUGUGGCAGAAAAACAUGGGUUGUUGGUCAAGCAUGGAGGUCAAUCAGAGAUCCGGAUGGAUUCCCGUUCUGACCUAUGCAAUGCGGUAUUUGACAUGGCAUCUAUAGCUAAUGCACAUCUACUGAAGGCUCGUGAAUUAGCAAGAUCAGUGCCAGCAGAGGCUUGCCCGGUGCUUCUGCCUGCUGUGCCCGCUCAGGUAUUCUUGGAUUCUUUGAGACGAGUGAAUUUUGAUGUCUAUGAUUCAAGUCUGACUCGAGGGGUCUUGGGAACACCUCCAUUAUGGUUUCAGUUGAAGCUCAAGUGGCAUUCAUGGAAAGGGAAGUACUAGAUCUUUAUUCGUUGUACUUUAUUCAAGCAAUUUAAAAGAAUAAUCAUUCUGACGGAGAGUGAAAUAAAAGAUUCUAUAUUUCA